CACGUGGAUUCAGUAUCUAAAAUGGCUAUAAAGUGGUGCUACGUAUUUCUGUGCCUGUGUACGUGUGUGUGCCUGCUUCAUGAAACAUCAGCACUGUAUGAAGAUCAAGUUGGCCUCUAUGACUGGUAUCAGCAGUAUGUUGGACCUGUGAGUUACGCCUCUAUUGAUUCUACUGUGAGCACCAAUCGAGGGAUAGUAGUCGCGUCUGAAAAUGGAGUCCUGGCUCACAUAGACACCCUCAGCGGAGAUUUAGUGUGGAGGACAGUAUUUGCUCCUGGCAGAAAUGGAUGGAUCGAUGCCAUCUUGAGAACCCCUGGAGGAUCUCUACUGUCAGUAUCCAAGAAUGGUCGAGUGUUACGUUCCUGGGAGCUGGAUGAAGGGCUCCUAAAAUGGGAGGUAGUCACCAACUUAACAGCCAGCCAGGAGCAGGACAGUCCCCUUCCUCUGAACGAGAUCUGGAGACCUGGUGCUGUGCAAGCUGCUCUGACAGGGGGGAAGCAAAGCUUAGUGGCGGUUGCAGCUGGUGAAGACCUCUCUGUGCACAGUGUUAAGACUGGAGAGGUCAAGUGGACACACACUCUAAACCUACCUAACGAGUCGUUGCUAUGCUCUAUGAUAGGGCAGGAGAAAACUCUGUAUGUAUUAGCCGCAGUCGAUGAGUCUAAUCUUAUUCUCUUCACCUUUGCUGCCUCCACUGGCGAGCUAACGUCCACUAGAGAACUGACAGCCUCAUGGUUAUCGAUGGAUACAACCAGUUGCCUGCUUACAACAACCCACCUAGUGUGUCUGGAACCCUCCAAGUUGAACCUCUACCAUACACCACUCUCUGCCAGCACCCCCUUACAACAAACCAUGCUCACUACUUUAUUGGAACAGGUUGUCGUGGACAACCAGCAAGCCAAACUCGUCCUGGCUGGCAUCUCAGACAAUGUUGGAGUGGAGAUUGGCAGCACCCAGUGGUUGUUGAGUCUGGAAGGCCCUCAGGUGUCUGUGUUGAGCAAGAGUGGCCAUGCUGUGAGCCUUGUGGGGGGUGUGACUGUGGGGGGCGACGGCCGGACCUUGGUGGUGGGAGAUAAAGAGGUGGAGCUGAAGGAAUACAGGGGGAAACCCCUUCUGGGAGGUGUGCAGUCGGACAAAGGGAGGGACAGGUAUCGAAUGGUGCUGGUUAUGGAGGAUCACUCCAUACUCGGGAUAAAUCAAGAUGGUGUAAUGUGGGCUCGAGAAGAUGCCCUGGGGGCCGCAGUUGCUGUGGAGAUGUUGGACUUACCAGCUGGCCAGUCAGAGAAGAUUGAGAGCUUUGUAGAGAUGACCAAAUCUGAAGCCAACCCUCUCAAAGUGGCCGCCCUCAGAGCACAGCUCCAGUUCACCCUUGCCAAGGAGUUUCUGAUGAACCUGAACAAGGAGGUGGCCAGCUUGCUACAAUAUGACGGACCUCACUUAGUCAGAGAUCGGUUCAACACUCGCAAGCUCAUCUUAGUUACCACGGCAAAUGGAAAGAUGUAUGCCCUGGAUAGCCGCAAUGGGGAGGUGGUGUGGCAAUCAUUCCUCUCUUCUUUUGCUGCCUUCCAAGAUGGCCGCCCACUCCUCCAUGUCCUCAGGACUACCAGUCACCCCCCACACCCUUCACUCGCUGUUUUGGUUGGACGCUCACAGACCUCUGGAUGCAGUACUGUUAUCUACGAGUUCAACCCACUCACUGGAGAGGCAAUGAACUCGGAGCCUCACUGUCUACCGUUCCAAAUCACUCAAACCUUGCUCCUCCCCACUCUUGACCACACCCACUCCAAGAUCCUGCUACUAUUGACCAGUGACAACAUGGUGGCCACGUAUCCUUCCUCGACUGAAGUCAUGGAAACACUGAUGGUCUCUCAAGAGCAGCUGUACCUGCUCGUAGCGAUACAAGGUGGCUCAGACAUCACUGGCUAUAGGGUCCUGCUUGACGAGGGGGGCUUACCCUCGCCUGAUAACAGUUACCCUGGAUACCUAUUCCGUACCGAGCAGUUUUGGCAGGUGCGGUUUCCAGUUGAGAAUGAGCAGAUAGCAGCUGUGGUGGGGAAGAAGGCGUACGAGCACGUCAGCUCGCAAGGAGAUGUGCUGGCCGACCGGAACGUGCAGUACAAGUAUCUCAACCCUAAUCUGGUAGGUGUGGUCACAGAGUCCACAGACCGGACCAAACCUCUGGUGACAGUGUACCUGAUAGACAGUAUCACUGGGGCCAUCAUCUACCACACCUCUCACAAGAAUGCCCUGGGGCCCGUGCACAUGGCUCACUCUGAGAACUGGGUUGUUUACGAGUUCUUCAACAGCAAGCAGCGUCGUCAUGAAUUAGUGGUUCUGGAGCUCUACGAAAUACACACCAACCAAUCACACACUGUUUGGUCGUCGCUGGCCCCUCCCCCUACUCCCGCUGUCAUGUCCCAGGCCUACACUCUUCCCACCACCAUCACCACCCUCACAACCACACAGACUCUCAGGGGAAUCACUUACAAGGGAGUUAUUUUUGGUCUUGCGUCUGGUCGAGUGGUGAUCAUGCCCAAGUCUCUACUGAACCAUCGCAGAGAACUGGAGAUCACUGACCAAAUGAAGGAGGACGGGACUCCUCCCUACCAUCCCGAGAUUCCACUCAACCCUCUUAGCUUCGUCAACUACAAUCGCACUGUUGCAAGGAUACGAGAAAUUUACGCUACACCCAGUGGGCUUGAGUCCACGUGUCUACUGUUCGUCUGUGGACUAGAUCUCUACUACACUCGAGUGACUCCGUCCAAUCAAUUUGAUCUCCUGGCCGAGGACUUUGACUACACUCUCAUCAGUGCAGUAGUGGUAGGCAUGUUCGUAGCCACUCUCGUUCUCUCAAGACUAUCAGCCAAGAAAAUGCUAAAAUCUCUCUGGAAGUAGCCAGUGCUCAACUUGUUAGGAGUUCAUUGUUAGUGUUGUGCAGCUGUGUGUGUGUUAUGCAUCUCUAGAAUCAGUCCUUCGAUCACCACCGAUUUAUAUAAUUAUAAUUAUAUCAUUAAUGUGUGCUCUAUAUAUCUA